UGACGGUCGCUUUCAUUUGCGCGGAAAUUAAAAAUCUGUAUCUUUCUAGAGUAUAAUUGAUAUACAUAUUUAAAAUGAGAGACCUACGCACACUAUGCCGCACUUGUGGCAUAACAAUAAAUACAAAGCAUUAUACUAAACUAUUUGAGAAGUUGAACUAUCAUUUAGUAACUUUAAUCGAGGACAUCACAGACAUGUUGAUUGAAAGCGACAUUGCUAUGCCAGAACACAUUUGCAUUGCAUGUAAAUCGAUGUUGGAUCAAAUCGUUAAGUUCCGAACGAAUUGUCUGAAUACACAUAAGAAACUAAUAGCUGUGAAAAAGAAGAAUCUAAAUAGCAACAUUCUUGAAUUUGACAGUAUAGAAUAUGAUACAACCGAAAACAGUAAGAGCUGUGAUGAGCAAAAAGCAAAAACAAAUCUGGGUAGUGAUACCCAAAGCUACAGCAUAGCAGUUGACGCUCCUGUAAAAAGAAAACCUCAAGUUAAAAAUAAAAGGAUAUAUAAAUCCAAAGAAGCCAAAACAUGGAUCUGUGAACAGUGCGGUGGAGAAUUUAAAUGUUCCACGUAUUUAAAAUUGCAUAUGUUGCGCCACACAGGAACUAAGAAGUUUGAGUGUGACAUUUGUAAGAGUAUGUACUAUACUAAGAACGAGAUGGAGCGCCAUAAGAUUUUACAUACUAAUGCAAGACCAUACGCCUGUCGUUUCUGUGAUAAAACCUUUCGAGGCACUAGUAGUAAGACAGUUCAUGAAAGAACUCAUACAAGCGAACGACCAUUUGUUUGUCAGUACUGUGAUAAAACCUUUAGGUCCACUUCGGUGCGGAAAAUGCACGAGCGUGUGCACGUUAAUCAACGAAACUAUCACUGUGAGCCGUGCGACCAAUGGUUUUUACGUCCUUCACAUUUAUUAUUACACCAACAAACCAAACUCCAUAAAAAUAAAACCUCAAGCGGCUAGAUUUCGCUUUUACGUACGUACAAAAUUUACAAUUUGAAACUGAGCAAAAUGAACUAAAUAUCAUCGUUACCAUGUGAUUGUCAAUAACCAUUGAACAGCUGUUAUUUUGUGUGAAUGGCUAAUUCGCGUUCAGAGAGUUUACAUUUGGAGGAGCGUACGCUGCUCUGGACGAAGAAUUAAAGUAAAGAAAUUAACAUGUUAAAAAGAAUUAAUUAUUUGUAGUGUCGCAUUUAACCGCAUAUAAAGUGG